AUGGCGCCUCCACCUAAAAAAGAUGCUUUUGCGGAUUUAUUUCAAUCGGCUAAUUCAGGAUCAAACAGUUCUCUUAACGAUAAGAAUCUUAGUCUCUUAGAGAGACAAAGAAAACAACAGAGUCCGGCAAUAAACAAGUCAAAUUAUUCGCAAAAUAGUUUUUCUAAUUUGGAUAUAUUUAAUGGGAGUCCAGUGAGUAAUUCGAGUGUGGGAUCGGUCAAUCAAUCGAGGUCUUCGACACCAAAUCAGUCGAAUGACCCAUUUUCAAUCUUUGAAAAACCGCAGGCUACAGAGCCAUUAAGAGCCAGUAAGCCGUCGAAACCGUCACAAGAGACGACAAGCAACACAUCCAAUACGGGAUUGGGCGGUAAAGCUAACCACGAGAUAUCAUUGUUGGAUGACGAGUUUACUGAUGCAUUCACGCCAGAACCAGAGCCCAUAGAACAGCUCACGUCGUCUACAAGGAGACCAAAGUCAGAAACAAGUAGCCAUUCAAAUUCUGGUACAAAGCUGAGCCUGCAGAUUUCUGAUUCAAGAAUUCAAGAUAAGUCCAAUGCCAGGACAAAUGCCAGGACCCAAACUAGAUCAUCCAAGUCAGAAUCUUCUACCGAUGCCAGAGAUACAACCUUGGCGGAACUUGUUGAUAUAGGGUUCUCGGUAGAGCAGUCCAACGAGGCGAUUGACGAGGUUGGACUUGAUCUUCAAACAUGUGUCAAUUUCAUAAUGGGAGGCAGUAAAAAGAAGAAGAAAGAAACAUCGAAUAGGCCAAUUCGUGAUGACAGCGAUAUGAAUAAUGAUUUCGGUGCUAAGAUCAAUGGAUUAUCUACAGAUUUAUUUAAUAAGGCAUCUUUAUUUAUAAAUAAUUCAAGAAACACAGUGAUGAAGAACAUUGAACAAUUUCAACACCAUUCAAAAUCGGGCCAGAAUGAAGGGCAAGGCUCAUUACCAGCAUGGAUGAAAUCUCAGCAUAUGUAUAAAGAGGAUGCCGCAGAAAGGAAGGCAAAUGGAGGAGUAUCCGAAAAUUAUGGGUCCGAUGAAGAAAAUAUCGACCAUGAGGCUAUCAACGAAUUCAUUACAUCACAAAAAUUGAAGGAUAAGGAAAAGCAAAGGGCCCGCUAUGAACAUUUGAAGGGUCUUGCUAAAAAUAAGCUAAAUGGAUCAUCGAAUAAUUCAGAUUCAAAACUGGGUAGAUCAUCGCCAAUAAAGCACCCCGAUUUACCUCAAAGACCAUCACUGCAGCCUCAAAGUUGGACGCAGCAAACUGAGAAGAGUCAUCAAACUGCAAGCAUCCAACCAGAAACCAAACAGCCAAGUCAAGUUGAGAAUGAAGUUGAUUUGCUUGGUAUGAAUCAUAAAUCGGGCCAACAUAGAGGCAAGAGUAAAUCUUCUGGAAGUGUUAUCAAUCAUACGUUUAUUCUGACUCCUUUGAACCAAUUUCAAUCUUCGGAUUAUGAAACUUCUAAAGAUAAGGCUACUGAGCUGUUUAAGGUGGGUGAUUACCAUACCGCACAUGAAGCUUAUACAAAAUGUUUAGAGUCGUUGCCAGAAAAGCACGAAUUAAGACUCGUCAUCAAUUCAAAUUUGGCUUUGACAUUAAUUAAGUCGGGAAAUUAUAAGCAAGCCAAAGCCUGCUGUGAUGAAGCCCUACAAUUGGUGACGGAAGAUGAUUUACAAGAUUAUGCAUAUUUGAUUAAUGAGAAAACAAUCAAGGCUUGGUACAUCAAGUUGCUCUCAAGAAAAGCGGAGAGCUUAGAAAUGUUAGAGUUAUUCCCACAGGCGCUAGAAAACUACAUGGAAUUAAUCUCCAAAUAUGGAGUAACCGAUAAAAAGAUUAUGGAUGGUAGAAGAAGGGUGAAUAAUAUUGUGAAUCCACCAAAACCUAAACCAAGAGCUGUCAGUCCAGUAAAGGUACCUUCGAAACCAAAACCAAGUACACAAUCCGGAAGCAAUGAAAACUUGCGUCGCAUACAAAAACAACACGAAGAUACGAAAAAACAAGAGGAAAUGAAGUUUAACCUUCAUGACGACAUCCAAGCACGGAUUUUUGCAUGGAGUAAUGGUAAGGAGGACAAUAUCCGGACUUUACUCAUGUCGUUGGACCAAAUCAUUCCUGCAAAAUUAGAGCUUCCUUUUGCCACGACUAAGAAGUUGACCAUCAACGAUUUAAUGUUACCCAAAAAAGUGAAAAUAAACUAUAUGAAGGUCAUCAGCUCAAUUCACCCCGAUAAGUUGACCAACUUGGACUUGGAGGAUAAAAUGGUUUGCGAGGCCGUCUUCAUCACCUUAAACAAGGCGUGGGAUAUAUUCAAGGACCAAAACGGGAUGAACUAA